UCUCAAAUCCCUUCUUCUAUAUCCUCCUCCGCUAACAAUUAAUAAACCUAUGAAAUGAAUCAUCAUCAUCAUGAUCCCAUAGAAAGAAAAUAUUGUAGUUUAAUUUAUUGAUCAUACAAAAGAAAACUACAAUAUAAUAUAAUGAUUACUACUUCCUCAAAACAAAUCUGGUCGUACGUAGUUUCCAUCCUCUAUCUAACCUUAUUAGCAACAGAAGCAUCUCCAACAUAUCUAGGCUCUUACUGCAACGACAACACAACAUACACACCAAACAGCACACUAUCUACAAACCUCAAUGUCCUCCUCAAUUCUCUUUCAACCAACUCUUCUCAACAACAAGAUGGUUACUACAUGACCAUCAUGGGUUUUGGAACAACCAACGCUGUUAACGGAAUCUUUCUCUGUCGUGGUGAUGUCAACACAACAACUUGUCAAAACUGUGUUACUGACGCGGCUACACAGAUCAAACGACGUUGUACAAAUCAAACAGAAGCUAUUAUUUGGUAUGAAGAAUGUCUUCUUCGUUACACUAACAAAUUUUUUAGAUAUUACAGUAUUGAACCUAGGUUAAAUCCUAAAAAUGGUAAAAAUGUUUCUGGUGUUGACUUUGAACGGUUCAAUGAAACGGUGUUUGGGUUGUUGAAUGAGUUGGUGGUUACGGCGGCGAAUUCAAGGACGGCGAAGAAAUUUGGUACCGGAGAAGUGGAAGUGACGAGAAGCAUGAAGGUUUAUGGAUCAGGACAGUGUAGUACGGAUUUGACAAGUUCUCAAUGUGAGAUUUGUUUAAGAAAUGCGAUUGGAACAUUGCCAAAGUGUUGCAGUGGACGAGAGGGUGCAAGUGCUUUGCUUGCUUCUUGUAUUGUUAGAUAUCAACUCUACCCGUUUUACAACUUAUAUGGUUCUUCUUCUUCUUCUUCAGGAAGAAAUGGAGUUGGAACAAAAGCAAUUGUCAUAAUUAUUUCCCUGGCCAUUGUUCCUGUAUUACUUUUCUUUAUAGGCUGCUAUUACAAACGGAGAAGAUCAAGGCAGAGACGUAGGACAAUGCUAAGGGAAAAUUUUGGGGAUGAACUUAAAACACUAGACUCCUUACAAUUCAAGUUUUCUACAAUUGAAGCUGCCACCAACAAAUUUUCAAGUGAGAACGAGAUAGGCAAAGGAGGAUUUGGUAUUGUCUACAAGGGUGUUCUUUCUGAUGGACAACAAAUAGCAGUAAAGAAACUCUCAAGAAGUUCAGGACAAGGUUCUAUAGAAUUUCAAAAUGAAAUUUUACUAAUAGCCAAGCUUCAACAUAGAAAUUUGGUGACUUUACUAGGAUUCUGCUUGGAAGAACGAGAAAAAAUGCUUAUAUAUGAAUAUGUGCCUAAUAAGAGUCUUGAUUAUUUCCUAUUUGAUUCCAAAAAGCAUAGAGUGCUACAUUGGUUUGAGCGUUAUAAAAUUAUUGGAGGAAUUGCACGAGGAAUUCUUUACUUACAUGAGUAUUCAAGACUUAAAGUCAUACAUCGAGAUCUCAAACCUAGCAAUGUAUUGUUAGAUGACAAAAUGAAUCCAAAAAUAUCAGAUUUUGGUUUGGCAAGAAUAGUUGCAAUCGAUCAAGAACAAGGAAGCAGUACAAAUAGAAUUGUGGGAACAUAUGGUUAUAUGUCUCCGGAAUAUGCAAUGCACGGACAAUUUUCUGAGAAAUCCGAUGUGUUCAGUUUUGGAGUUAUAAUUCUUGAGAUAGUUAGUGGAAAGAGAAAUAGUCGUCCCAUUCAAUCACACGAUUUUGAGGAUAUCCUAAGAACUGCUUGGAGACUAUGGAGGAAUCAAACGCCAUUAGAAAUGUUGGACCCUAUUCUAAAAGACAUGUUUUCUCAUAGUGAAGUUAUUAAAUGCAUUCAGCUUGGUUUAUUAUGUGUUCAAGAAAAUCCUGAUGAUAGACCUACAAUGGCACAAGCUGUUUCAUAUCUCAGUAGUCUUUUAGUUGAAUUGCCACUUCCUCUAGAGCCAGCAUUUUCCAUGGAUAGAGAUAUGAAGUUAAACAUACCAACAACAGAGUCUAGUUCUGGCCAAUUUAUCAGUAACUCCACGGCAUCCUCAAUCAAUGACUUAACUAAGAGUCAAUUUUUCCCUCGAUAGAUAUGGGAUUUGAUCUUUUUUUCUGAAAACGAUUCUUUAUUUAUUGGUAACAAAAUGAUUAUUUAUUUAUUUAUGUAUUUAUUUGUAUUUGUUGAUAAAGUUUAUUGGAUAAUCAUUUGCUUCUAAAUUUGAUGGAGUCUAUAGCAGUGGUUGUGUUAUUUUGA